AUGAGUUAGUGGAGCCGGUCGCCACUCAUUCAGUCAUUGAGGGAAGUUCGGUUUGUUGAGACGCACACGUUCGUUAGCGGCACGCGUUUGUUCGAUUAUUAAUAAAAAAAACUUAAUAUUUUGCUUUUUUUGUGGUGCUUGGAGUGUUUGGACCGGAAUCCACAUAUGCUGCUAGUGGUUUCAAAAAGCUAACGUACCGAAAGUGAUUUCCGUAAGAGACAUUAAGGAUAUUCUCAACAACAAGAUAUACUCGAGAUGUGCCUUUCGACACCCGUUGCCACCGCUGCAAGCAGCAGUACAAGUACAAAUGCAACAACUUGCAACGCCACCGGCAAUUGUUUGAGCAACAACAGCAAUAACAACAACAAUAACAUAAAUGGAAAGUGUACGCUAAACACAGAAAGACAGCACUGCGAUGACACCAACAAUGCGACCGAUGUCUGCAUCAGAAACAGAUUGUGCACAAUCAACAAUAACGUCCAAUUUGUUGCAAGCGAAGCUGAAGAUGAGCCCAUAGAUGUAAUUGAAAACUUAGGUUAUAAGGAGGAAAACGCUGUCUACAAAGAAAUCCCGAUUGCGAGCGAAACUAGCGGUAUUCCCGAUUACAAAGCGUCCAGUGAAAUUGAAUACAAUCCACAAAUCAGAUGGCUAGAUUUAAUAGCCCAAGUGUUUCUGCAUGGUGGUGCCCUCUACGGAGUUUAUUUGCUAUUCCAAGCGAAAUUUUACACGCUUUUGUGGGUGGUACUCACGAUUUGGUGCUCGGGCAUAGGCAUAACCGCUGGAGCACAUCGCCUCUGGUCUCACAAGUCGUACACCGCCUCCAUGCCGCUGCGAGUUUUGCUGGUAUUUCUCUUCACGAUCGCAGGCCAGCGUGAUGCCUAUACGUGGGCUUUGGACCACAGGAUACAUCACAAGUUUUCUGAAACGGACGCCGAUCCCCACAAUGCAAAACGCGGCUUCUUCUUCUCGCAUGUCGGCUGGCUCUUCCUAACGCCCCAUCCCAAGGUGAUGGAGAAGCGCAAAAUAAUCGACAUGUCCGAUUUGGAGAACGACAGUGUGGUAAUGUUCCAACACAAGUAUUAUAUUCCAUUAUUCACGCUGUUCUCUAUUGCCUUGCCUGUUUUGGUGCCUUGGUAUUAUUGGAAUGAGAAUUUGUGGUUAUCCUUUUGGAUUAACUUUAAUAUGCGAUUUACCAGCACGUUGAAUGCAGCAUUUUUCGUGAAUAGUGUUGCUCAUAUGUGGGGCAAAAAGCCCUAUGAUAAAAACAUAAGUCCAGUUGAAAGCCCACUGGUGUCCUUCUUAGCUUUAGGCGAGGGUUGGCAUAAUUAUCAUCACGUUUUCCCAUGGGACUACAAGACCGGAGAGUUUGGCAACUACAAAUUGAAUGUAACGACCGCAUUUAUUGAUUUAUGUGCGAAAAUCGGCUGGGCCACCGGAAGAAAAUACGUCUCUACAGAUAUGAUCAAACGUCGGGCAGCCAAGUGCGGGGAUGGCAGUCGGUUCCUGAGCGAUGAAUUCGCGCACAAGGAUCAAGUAUGGGGUUACGGAGAUCGAGAUUUACAAAAAGAGGAUGCGAUUGAAUUGGCGAAAAUGCAAUGAGAAAAACAAUCAUAUACUCAUACAACUGUAAAAUGCAUGUAUACACCUACAAAAAUUCAUAAACUGAGGCUUUUCAAUAUUUCGUAUUAACUUACACAUUCGUUCAAAUUCUUGUGUUAAUUAGGCUUAAGUGUCUUUGAUGUUUUUCGUUUUUUGUUAUUUAAUUAUUAUAAAUUUAAGCUUUAAUCACAAGUGGUGCCUAUAAUGAAUAGUGUGCGUUUAUGUUUUUAAUACAGUAUUUAAUAUUAAUAUAUUUGUAAGUGAAAUGUGUACUAAAAUAGUGUAUGUACAGUUACAUAUGUAGAUAUAAAGUUUACCUACUUGCUCUUAUAUUUUUGAAAGUAAGAGUGUUCAACUUUCUGCAAGAUUCAACCAAAGCGAUUAAAUAAAGAAAUAUAAAUAAAAAGUGUCCACUUAA